CUCGGUUUUUUGACGUUCCGCCGGAAGCGGCGAUGAUACAUAUGUUUCCGGCAGGGUUCGUACGCACGCGCGAUGCGCGCAGCCCCAAAAUGUCGGCGGCUGGGUGAAGUGCGUCGGCCGUUAUCAUGGUGGAAUCGAUCAUUCUUGGUUAAGUUCGCGCGCGAUAAGCAGAAGACGUGCCGGCCGACGGCGCGCCGAGGUACGCGAGCCGCAAGGAGGUCGUCCUCGGUGGGGAACACGCCGCCCCCGACAACGCUCAGAAGCGGCCUUAUGUCAAACGACUCUGGCGCUGGGAGGGCCGCGCGGACGUACCAACAUGAAGAAGCUCUUCUCGAAGAUCGAGAACACCGCCAAGGAACCGAACAGCUACGUCGGGAAGGUAUUCGUUGUGGGUCGGCACACGGUUACCGUCGAGGAGGUCCUUGCCGAAGGCGGAUUUGCAAUGGUGUUCCUGGUCAAGUCAUCGACUGGUCGUUAUGCUCUUAAACGCAUGUAUGUCAACAAUAAACACGAUCUCAGUGUCUGCAAACGGGAAAUCCAAAUUGCAAGUAACCUAAGUGGUCACAAGAACAUCAUUGGAUACAUAGAUAGUAGCAUUUCGCACACAGGAGGCGGAGUGCAUGAGCUUUUGCUCCUGAUGCCCUAUUGCAAGUCGCAAGUUUUUCAAAUAAUGAUUAACAGGUUACAGACAGGGUUCUCCGAACCAGAAGUACUGCAAAUAUUCUGCGAUGUCUGCGAAGCAGUGUCCCGGCUGCAUCACUGUCAGACUCCAAUUGUGCACAGGGAUUUGAAAGUUGAAAAUAUACUACUGGCCGAUUCUGGGCAUUAUGUGUUGUGUGAUUUCGGAUCAGCUACGGGGAAGAUCCUGAAUCCUAGCAUUCAGGGUGCUGCUCAAGUCGAGGAAGAAAUCAAGAAGUACACUACUCUCAGCUACCGAGCACCUGAAAUGGUCGACAUGUACUGCGGGAAGGCCAUCACUACCAAAGCUGACAUAUGGGCUUUGGGAUGUUUGCUGUACAAGCUUUGCUUCUUCACGACACCCUUUGGUGAGAGCACCCUGGCUAUCCUUUCCGGUAACUUUACCAUUCCAGACACCUCGAGGUACAGCAAGGCGUUGCAUUGCCUGAUCAGGUACAUGCUCGAGCCCGACCCCGACAUACGACCGGAUAUCUACCAGGUGGCAUCGAUAGCCUUUCAAAUCCAGAACAAAGAGUGUCCCGUACAGAAUUUACACAAAGUUCCAACACCCACGCUGGAGUCGCUGCCGUGUCCAGCGAUGGAGUCGGACAGUGCGAGGCGGUCCUCUGCGAAGAUGGCGAAGCCACCGACUCCGAUGAUGACGUCGACGGUCGAGGGCACCUCGGUGACUCCUCGACAGAGGCCGAAGGGCCAGGGAGUGGCCACGGGUCCGCUAAGCCUUGGAAGUCAAAUCGCCGGCCAGAUAUCCGUUGGCCAGCCGCAGAAUUCCGUCGGCAACCCAGUUCCCUACGUGCCGACGAAUCAGAGCACACCGAUCGCGCCAGUCGCACCGAUAACGACACCCCAGUCGUUCCACCAGGGUUUGCCUACAAACCCUCAACAGCAGCAGCAACAGCAACAGCAACAACCAGCAUUCGCUCAGGUGCCCUCGCCGAGUCAGACCUCGCCAUUCGGACCUCAGGCCCAACAGGCACCUUUUGGCCAGACCCAGAGUCCGAUGAUCGGCGUUACCCCGCUGUCUCGACAGUCUCCGGUCGCUGUUCAGGAAAAGGCACCCUUCUACUUCGACUCGAGGCAGCACGAGGUCAGGUCUGCCCCCGUCAACGAGGAGAAUCUCGACUCGCUUUUUCCGUCCUCUGGAUAUCCGGAUCCAUUUAAGGACGACACCGGGGUCAUGCCACCACCUGCGAAGAUACCACCUCCGGUUGCCCCUAAACCGGGCUCGACGAAGGGCUUGCCGAAGAUGACCACCCCCACCGGCAUCUGUCCACCCUCGAAGUUCACCGUUCCUGGCCAAUUACCGGCCAAGUUGAACGCCUCCUGCGACCGGCCCACCAAGUUGACCCCCACCGCGCCUCCGGUGCCGUCGAAGCCUGUUAACAAAAUCGAGAGCAUCAGUCAGAACAUCAGCUCCAGCUCUUCUCCCCCGGAUAGCCCCACGCUGUCCUCGUCGCGCCACAGGAGGAACGUCAGCGAUACAAGUGCUUUUAACAAAGUGUUUGCAAACGAGACUUCUCAGUUCCUGGCUCCGUAUGAGGCUUCGGUGAAGUCCCGUACCGGUGGUGGCACUCCACCGGAACUAUCAACCGACGUCAGGCUUUGCAUCGGUGCUAGCGCCUCCCAUGUACGUGUUGGUGAGCUUUCGAGCGUAACAGGUGCGGAGAACAGGUCACUCAGUGCGGACGUUGCUGCCUGGAAUCCUUUCGAGGAUGCGCAACCCUUUAGCCAGCUGACCGAGGAUCAUAUCUUCGGAGCUGAAUUCGACAAGAUCAGGAAAGGCAGCAACAGCAGCAUCAGCGGCGUCAAGAGCCGCGAAAGCUUGGUCAUGACUUACUCCGAAUUACCGGAGGAUCCCUUCGAGUUGGCACCUUUUAGCUUGCCUGCAGGCAAGAAAAACAAGCUCGAAUCGAAGGCUGCCGCAACCGCCGGAGGUAAACCGGCGGAUGCCCGGGCGAGUCUGGGACCAGGAGGACAGUGGAGUCCAGGGGCCGUGGAGUCAGUGGGUCCUGACGAUGAGGCCUCCCUCCUGACCGGGUCGAGUCCAGCUUCGCCUCCUUUUGUAAGAGCCCCUCCAGAGGACAGGUCCAAGUACGAGAAGCUCUCCUUCGACGCGGACGAGGCGUCGAGCGACAGCGAGGAAGAGCUGGCCCAGCGGACGGAGGACCGCUUGAGGAAGAAGAAGCGGCGCCGAGGAAAGGGGGUGGUCCUGGCCAGGAGGAGAAGAGAACCCUGUGGCCAGGAGACGACAAGAGCCUGCGAGUCCGAGGACUCCAUUGGCUCGGCGAGCGACCUGAGGGCGAUGAACGACGACGAGGGAAGGCCGGGUCCCAUCGUCGGGGCCGAGGACAGCGGAGCGGAGGAUCGUCGAGCCGACCGGGUCGACGAGACCGUUUCCGAGAGCGUCCGCACCUGUGGGAGCUCGGCAUACCACGCGGAGUGCGAAUCCGUGGCGACCGCCCAGGAGGAUGAGCCACCUCGCAGGUGCGCCAGGAGGUCCAGGAGACACAGGGAACAGCGUCUUCCGAGCGUCGAGGCCGACCCCGUGGUGGGCCAUCGCUACGGCGAGAAGCCGCUGCUCCUGGACGACGAGCUGGAUCCGGAGGCUAAGCCCGGUCCUCUGCAAGGAGACCCCUUCGUCGGCCACCAGUACGGGGAGAAACCGCUGCUUCUGGACGACGAGGACAGCUCCGACGACGAGGGGACCAGGCGUCUCGGGAACCUGGGCGACCGACCACCGGGGAUGGCCUGGAGGCCCGAGGAAGACGUCUUCGCGCUGGCGCCGUUUCCUAGGCCAGGGAGCUCCAGGAGAAGCAGCGCUGCCAGGGAGACCCCCGGUCGCGCGUCCAGUUUGGUCACUCCUGUGUCGAAUUCACCACUGGUCGACCUAGAAGACGGACCCGAGCGCGGGUUCGGACCCAGGGACAGGCCCGGUAGCUUCGAAGCUCUAGAGUUUGGUCAUGGCUUUCGCAACAGGGUGGCUUCCUCGCCACUGGGCCAGGACGAGGUCGGAGAGAAGGACCUCUUCGGCUCCUCGCCGUUCAGCUCGACCGGCUUCGUCGAUCCCUUCGACUCGGCCCCAUCGGACCUCGUCACCACGGAGGUGGCCCUCCACCAGGGAGCCUCGCUCUCCGUGGGGCCGCAAGUUGGCCAUCCCGAGUUCGUCGACCUGGUGUCGCAACCUUAUCGGCCUCCAGGUGACUGCCGUCCAGGUCGAGGAGCCCUGCCCCCAGGGUCGCCGAAGGACCUCUUCGGCUCGAUCCCGUUCGAGGAGUUCGCCACCAUGACCGUGAACAGCCAGCAGAGACCCACCUCGUUGCCGCUCUCCGGGUCGCCGAGCUUCGUCGAGGGCGCCUUGACGACGAUCCUCUCGAGCAGCGCCCAGUCCUCCCGCACCGGCAGGAUCCCUAGGUACACGGCGCACCUCGACCAGGCGACGACGUUCCCCGUCUCGAUGACGGUACGGGGGACGGACAGCCUAUCAGGCGAGGAGUGCUCGCCCGACGUGGGUUCCCCCAUGUCCCCAGAACCCCUCGUGGCCGACGACUCCCCGAAGCACCGCAAGGAGAAGGUCAAGACCGAGAAGGCGAGGUACCACCUCAUCGAAGAUAACGUCGGGGACCCUGGCGUCCUGCCCCCGAGAGCCACGCACAAGGCGAAGAGCUCCUACAAGAGGAACAACAAGGUCAAGAAGAGCCCCGUCGUCGUCGCCGGCUUCAGCAACAUGAGCUUCGAGGACUUUCCUAGCGACGAGAACGAGGAGAGGAGAGCCGGCUCCGGGGUCGCCCCCUUCGAGGUCUUUCGGGAGCCGGAGAAGCGGUUCGGCUCGCUCAAGAGGCGCAGCAACCCCUUCACAUGAGACAGGGUCGACCUCGGCUAGUACGAGGCUCUCUGACCGAUGUCUCCGGGUCAGACCGAUCGAUGGACAGGUCUUGGAGAACGCUGUUCGCGGAGGCGAUGCCAGGUCGGCCCGAGGUCGCGUCUCUUGGUACCCUCACGGAGUGACGAGGUCUUCGACCCGGAGCGUCCUGGUGGCGCGUGAUUUUUCCGGCAUGGACUCAGGAAUAUAGAAUUAUAUCAGAAAUCAUACUCGACGAAACAUCCCCCGACUGGGAUUUCAUCUGCAACUUUAUUCCUGACACGUGGACAUUUUAUUCAGGGGGACGUUUACACGGGCUUGAAUUUUCAAACUACAACUGUAUUCCGAUGUCUCCCUGCCGGAAAGAACCCAUUAGCGUCCUAGGUCGGUGGGUGAUUGUGCGAGGAACGGAAUCGCUUUUGAUUUGAGAUGCCUGGCUCGAAAUCAGUUUCUUAUCGGCGUGUUAUCUCUUCUGGGAGAGGGCGAACGAGAACUCCGAUCCUCGUACGGUGAUCCUCCGAAAUAAGUGCCAAGAUCGCGCGAGUACCUUUCCUCGCGCAAGAGGAACGUCCCGAGGCUCCUUUGCUUGGUUCCAACCGAGUACCGGGUACUCGAGUUAGUAUUUAUUCGUACUUUAGGGUUAUUAAACAAGUCUCGCAUUUUUAGGGCGUUUAUACCAACCGAGUGCGACAGCGAGGAGAGGCGAGGUCGCCGUCGACCUUAAGCGUACCUCUCCGUUCGAGGGAGCUCGUAGGUAACUUUUAUCUCGUUAGUUUAACAACGUCUCGGUUUGUUCCCAUUUUCGCUGAUACCUCGACGGUGUAUAUCCACACCGGGGUCGAUCUGCGACUCGUAAAGCCUUACAGGUAUUCAUAGAAUCGCGCUAUCGGUUAGAUCGAUAAGCCCUCUGGUGUCGAUAAACACCUGUCGGAGUUCCUUGUCUCGAUUCCGGGAUAAUGGAAGGAACCGCCACGUCGAUUUAACGAUAAGGAUUAAAAAUCCAUCAGCGAGUUCCCUUGAUACCAGGUUGUUAAACUUGGCAGCUCGAUACCAAAAAUAAUGGGGCAGUAGGUACGUAACAAAGUCAAGGAAAUUUACUAGAGAGGCACACGCAUCUAUUUUUGCAGCUACGCGUUUUCACUACAUUUGUACUCUUUGAGACUCGUAGACUUCUUCUACCGUUAGUACGAUACGUGCAGGGACACUUUUUAACGAAUACUUCAGCGCACUUCGCACGCACUCGUGCUACGCGUGCACGUUCGUUGAUCACGGGGUGCACGCAAAAGCGAUCGAGGAACAAACCGUGAAUAUUUCGAGCAAGGAUUCAUAGCGAUUCCUCUUGGUAUGAAAUAUUAAUCUGGGAUUCAAAGUCACGGUCGUCAAGAUUUAAGGUGAUGUGAAAGUGGCGUUAGAAGUCACGCUUAUGAAACCUUUCUCCGCACUUGGUCUACCGAAUCGUUUAAAACUUGACAACGUGAAUAUGGAGACCAUAUAAAAGACCCUGACCCUCAUGAAAUUUCAAUUUUUUAAAAAUUAGUUCAUCGAUAUUUUCAAAACUUUCGAUAGAAAAGGACAUUUCGUGAGUGUCGAAACCUUCCUUAUAGCCUCUAAGUUCACGUUGUAAAGUUUGAAAAGAUUUGGUACACUCAGCUCGCAGAAAAGUUUCACGAGCGAGACCUCUUCAAUGCCACUUUGAUGGCGCCUUAAGGCCGCUGAAUUUGGCGUUGAGGCGAUGGAAUCGUCUUUCUCUAUUGGGACUCGAAAUCGACCGCGCUUCGUUCUCGCGACGACAGAAAAGAAUGCCUUAUCGCAUAAGACUGAUACCAUUGACAGUCCUUGUUAACGUUAAGGCGAUUGCGAUCCUCCGAUCUAGAGAAACGGGAGCGAUUAACGGAAGUCAUUGAUUACGCUUCGGAUCUUAAGCUUUGCUUGCAGGUUCAUCAGGUAGAAUCGAGCGAGUCGCGUAAAGGUGAUACGAAAGGGUCAUUAUAUACAUAAAAACAUUAAAGUAUAUAACUUUUCUCCAAAUGGGAUGCACCGAUUAACUCGAAACUUUGACGCGUGAUUACGGAGGUCCCAAUGAGGGUCUUACAUCUCGCGAGAUUAUAUUUUCCGGAAAAAAAAAAACGAGAAAGACCAACUUUUUCUGGGUUUCUGUUCGAAGUAUAAAAUUUCGCGAGUUUCAAGAGCUUAGUUAGGACCUCCGUAAUUACAUGUUAAUGUUUAAGAUUAUUCGGUGCACUCGGUUUUUAUGGAGACAGGUUUUACAUUAUGACUUUUAUGUACAUAUGUAUAUAUAUGACACUUUCGUAACACCUUAAGUCCGUAAUAAAAAAGACACGAUAUAUCGACCCGCAACGACCAUGUAUGACGCAUCUACUCGCCGACCGUGUCAAUUGUUCACGGCUCGAAUCUAACGCAUGUUUAUAAAUGUUCGCGAAACACCGAUUAAAAGGACUAACACGUGCGGAAAGAAAUUUUAGCGGUUACUGAAUGAGUUUCCUAAAUCUAGGCACGCGUGAUAGUAACGGCGAUGUACGUCAACUUCGUCCGAGGAACGAUUUAUUUUCCGACCAAGAAUCGACCGAAGGGAAGGGGCGAAGUGAUUUUCUGCUUCUCGCGGAGAAGAGCGAGCUUCUUUAAUUUCGACGAAAGUUCCCCUUUGCUCAGCUACGCCGUCCCGUCUAAAGAGUGAAACGAACAACCGACUCGACGACCGAACUCGAAGUUCCCUGAUAAAGCCGUCUCGUUCGCGACUUUUUCCAAUUGUUUGCGAAACCGAGGUUCCGUCGGAUUUCAGUAUUGCUACCGCGCUGCGCCUUUAGUCCCUAUUUGAGAGUCUAUCGACAGAAAUCUAGUUCAUUGCAAAAAUCAGACAAUAUUAUUAACGAAUCCGUAGAGUAACCGGAUAUAAAUAAAUAAAUAUAUAUAUAUAGUAUAUAUUUAUUUGUUUUGUAUCAAACAAGUGUAGAUACUAGAUCAUAUGUAAUUAGGUGCCUUUCUUCGUUAAAUUAAUGUCCAAGCUUGUAUUUCGACGCCGCGCAUCCUAGUUUGAAACAGGUGUUACACUGUCGAUUGUUCUUCUCCCGAGGCCGAGCAAAUUCAAAGAUCCUUAUUAGUUGUUUUUUUUUUCUUUUUUCCCCUUCAAAGGCAAGAUACAUUUAGGCAGCAUCUCGCCUAGAUUCAAUUUUAUCGCAAAUCCUUCGGCCUUUCAAGGGGAUUUAGCAACAUUUACCGAGCCGGGGGUCGGUGCUAAAGAAGCUUCUUUUCUGGGGUAAUGCGAUGUUUCUUUUCGUCCGGAAACGAGAACACCGAAUACAUUCCUUCCUUCCUACCGUACUAAUUAAUAUUUAUUGCUUUUGCGUUUGCAUUUCGGUCUCCGUUCCGGAGCGCUGGUCUCCAUUUAGGCAGCUAAGCGAAACUUCGUAGCGUAAUUUCUUUCCUUUGCUCGAAAAAAAAAAAAA